GGUUGAGUUGACGUUCGAACAUAAUUAGUUUAGAUGGACUUUACUAACUGUAUAGCGAUUCCAAACUCAUUCAAAGACACAUUGUGGCUUUGGUUGAGUUGACGUUCGAACAUAAUUAGUUUUAGUCGACACACUAAAAAUAUCUUGUAGUCUCACUGAAAAAGUAUCCUCCAAAAAAUAUAUAUAGAUGCAUACAUACAAUUUGCAAGAAAGAGAAGUGAGACGACAAUGGACGCGGAAGAGAUCAAGAAGACUCUGUUCAACAGCGCCAUGAAAGGAGAGUGGGACAAGGUGGUCGAAAUCUACGAGGAAUUCCCGGAGGCCCACCAUACAAGGAUCACUCGCACCGGCGAGACGGCCCUCCAUGUAGCGGUCUCUGAUGGCCAAGAGGACACCGUCGAGGAUCUCCUCGACCUCAUCACUGCUGCCGCUGAGGAGGGUAGCAACCGUACCAAAGCCGUGCUAGAGAUCAAGAAUGACAGUGGCAAUACACCGCUGCAUUAUGCUGCCUCAGUUGGGAGCGUGAGGAUGUGCCAGUGCAUUGCCCAGCAGUAUCCAUUGCUGGUCGGGGCCCGCAACAUCGAGAGGGAGACCCCUCUUUUCAUAGCCGCGCUCCAUGGGAAGAAGGAUGUUUUCCUGAGGCUGCAUUAUCUCUGCAGUUCCAAAAACGAGCAGGAUAUUUCGUAUUGCCGGAGGAAGGAUGGACAGACUGCACUUCAUUCUGCCAUUAAUGGGGACUACUUCGAUUUGGCGUUUCAAAUUAUACACCUGUACGAGGAUCUGGUAGACUACGUGACCGAGCAAGGGCUCUCCCCUCUUCAUCUGCUAGCUACGAAGGCCUCCUCUUUCAGAAGUGGGACCCACCUUGGAUGGGGCAGAAGUACCAUUUAUCACUGUAUAUUUGUGGAUCAACUCAAGGAAGAGCCAUUGGAUUACCAAGCUUUGUCGGUGAGGAACUUGGAGAAAGAGAAGAAUUCUCAUUUUCCGGAGAACUACAAGACUUGCGUCCAGUUCUUUCAAUUGCUCAAGAGUUUUGUCGGCGUGACAACCUUCGGGAAGAGACUAUUGCUGGUAUCUGACAAGAAAGCUCAGACAGAGAAACCAAGAAUCGACAUUGACCAACCGCUUGGACAACCAGUACUUCAUCAACGACCAACCAUACAUAAAGCUCGGGAUAGACAGUUACUUCCAUCGAAUUACUUGACAUGCCUCGAGUUCAUCAAGUUCCUCUCCAAAAUUAUGCUGGUCAUUCUUGGGCUUGGAUCAGAGAAAAUAAAGAAGAUUCGAGAAAAGAAAGAGAAGAACACAUGGUCUGCUCAGGUCAUGAAUGAGCUGAUCAAAAGGGCUUUGGUGCAUGAGUAUGACGACAACGGAAGACACCCUCACCAUGUAAUUCACAGAGAAGGAAAGGAGGAAGAGACUUUGCCUUAUCGAAUUGUAGAUGGCGGCUCUGCUGUUCUCUUCGAUAACUUGGAGGAUUCGGGACCGGAGACUUCUAAGGGCAACUUUUCAAAGGCUAAACAAGGGGAUGGUGCAGAAGGGAAGAAAGUGUUUACCGACGAUAUGUUGAAAGGGGAGACAGCAAUACUGCUUGCAGCGAAGAACGGAGUCACAGAAAUGGUGGAGAAGAUACUUGAGGAUUUUCCCGUUGCAAUCCACGACAUGAACUCAGAAAAGAAGAACAUCGUCCUUCUGGCAGUCGAGAAUAGGCAACCCCAUGUAUACAAGCUUAUGCUCAAAAGAAACAUCCUUAAAGACAACAUAUUCCGUAAGGUUGAUAACAAAGGAAACAGCGCGCUGCAUCUUGCAGCAAUGCUCGGAGACUACAAGCCUUGGCUCAUCCCAGGGGCUGCCCUUCAGAUGCAAUGGGAAAUGAAGUGGUUCGAGUUCGUCAAGAGCUCCAUGCCGCGGCACUUCUUUGUUCGAUACAACGACGAGGGAAAGACUGCAAACAACAUCUUCACAGAGACGCAUAGUGAGCUUCUGAAAAACGGCAGCAAUUGGCUCACAAACACAUCUCAGUCGUGCUCAGUCGUGGCGGCACUCAUUGCAACAGUGGCCUUUGCCACCUCCACUACAGUCCCAGGCGGUGUUAGGGAGGAGAGCGGUAAGCCCACGCUCGAGGACGAGCCAGCUUUCAACGUGUUUGCCAUAUCUUCGCUCGUGGCCCUCUGCUUCUCCGUUACCUCUGUCAUCCUUUUCCUGUCCAUCCUCACAUCCCGCUAUGAAGAAAGAGACUUCGGGCGAGACCUACCGAGAAAGCUUCUUGUGGGCUUGACUUCUCUAUUUGUCUCCAUAGCCUCGAUGUUAGUGUCCUUCUGUGCAGGGCAUUUUUUCGUGCUCAAGGACAAGCUCAAGUAUGCAGCAUAUCCAGUCUAUGCCGUAACUUGCCUGCCUGUAACGUUCUUCGCAAUGGCACAGUUCCCUCUAUACUUUGAUCUCGUAUGGGCUACCUUCAAGAAAGUGCCGCAGCGCAGCUACAAGUAGUGAAGCCUUUGUUUGAUCCAUUUGAGUGUUUUCAGGGUAAUGGGCACUAUUUUCCGGUUUUGUGAUGAUCGACAUUCAUUGGACUCAAUGUUCACCUAAUAUGUGCAAUUCCUUUUGUUUCCUUAACUUUGCUCCAAAUUUGUCUCGUGUGAGCCCUCAGAUGCAGAUUCUAAUAGAGGCUUGUGCCAGACUUCCAACGUACAGUAAGAGAUUA